AAUUUGUUUUCUCCCUCUCUGCUCUGCUCCUCCUCCGUCGCCGCCGGUGAACACUUCGCUGAACUUUUUCUAUUCCAUGGUUUUGCGGCUGAGAGUUCACUCUUUCUACAACCGUGGAAUCUCAUUCCUUGUCUCUUCUUCCUUGAGGAAUCUUAGUACUGCUUCUUCGCUUUUUUUGAACUCCGACCAAACCAUCACUGAGCCAUUGGUGAAAUCAGAGCUCGAAGCCCUAGUUCUCAAGCAAUACUCUCAUGGUAAGUUCUACAGUCUCGUUAAAAACGCCGUUUCUCUGCCUUGUGUCCUUCUCGCCGCCUGUCAGAAUCUGUCUCUCUCCGCCAAUUCGUCCGGAGAUUUAGCCGAUCGUGUCUCCCGGAGGUUCUCAAUCGAAGAAAUGGGGCGCGAGAUACGCGAAGGCAGGUUUGAUAUUCGUUCAUGUUGCGUCGAAUUCAUCUCUUCAAGUCUUGUUCUUCCCAAUUUAAAACUCAAAGUGUUGAUAGAAGCUAUUAGAAUGGUUCUUGAGAUUGUGUAUGAUGAUCGAUUCGCUACGUUUUCGUAUGGUGGACGUGUUGGUAUGGGUAGGCAUACAGCGAUUCGUUACCUGAAAAACUCGGUUGAGAAUCCACGGUGGUGGUUUCGUGUUUCGUUUGCUCGAGAAAUGUUUGAAGAACGUAAUGUGGAUAUACUGUGUGGCUUUGUUGGAGAGAAGAUCAACGAUGUUAUGUUGAUUGAGAUGAUCAAGAAGCUGUUUGAGUUUGGGAUUCUGAAGAUUGAGCUUGGUGGAUGUAAUAGUGGAAGAGGUUUUCCACAAGAGUGUGGCUUGUGUUCGAUUUUGAUCAAUGUUUACUUUGAUGGACUUGACAAAGAGAUUCAAGAUUUGAGGCUAAAGAUGAAAGUUAAGAAUCCUCGCGUUGGUACAGGAGAUGAGGAAUCAACAGGUAAUGUUUUCUUUAAGCCAGUGAAUAUUUAUGCAGUUAGGUAUUUGGAUGAGAUACUUGUGAUAACAUCAGGCUCGAAAAUGCUGACGAUGGAUUUGAAGAAGCGGAUUGUUGACAUUUUGGAACAGAGACUAGAGUUGAGAGUAGAUAGAUUGAACACAUCGAUUCAUAGUGCAGUGUCAGAGAAGAUUAACUUUUUAGGGAUGUAUCUUCAGGCUGUUCCACCUUCGGUUUUGCGCCCGCCUAAGUCUGAGAAGGCGGUCAGAGCAAUGAAGAAGUAUCAGAGGCAGAAAGACGUUAGGAAGUUGGAGUUAAGAAAUGCUAGGGAGAGGAAUCGUAAGACACUGGGGCUUAAAAUAUUUAGACAUGUCUUGAAGAAAAUCAAGCAGAGCAAUGGGUUUAAAUUUGAAGGUGAGAUAGAGAAUGAGGUUAGGGAUAUUUUCCAGAGCUGGGGAGAGGAAGUUAUGCAAGACUUUAUGGGUUCUCUCGAAGAGCGAUGGAAAUGGCACUGGCUGCUCACUAGAGGAGAUUUUCUCUCUUUGAGACAUAUUAGAGAGAAAUUACCACAAGACCUGAUUGAUGCUUAUGAUGAAUUUCAGGAGCAGGUGGACAAACAUUUGGCUCCGACCCAGGCUAAAAAGGUACUUGAGGAUGAGGAGAGGAGAGUAGAAGAAGAAGAGGAACAGAGAUAUGCUGAAAGGACAGUUGAGGAUUUGACUAAGUUAUGCAUGAAGGUGUCAGCUCCGGAGGAACUUGUCAGAAAGGCUAUUAAGUUAGUUGGGUUCACAAACAGCAUGGGACGACCACGGCCUAUCAUUCACCUCGUGACUCUCGAGGAUUCUGAUAUCAUCAAAUGGUAUGCAGGGGUAGGGCGUAAAUGGCUUGAUUUCUUCUGCUGUUGCCACAAUUAUAAGAUGGUAAAAUCAUUGGUACGUAUCAUAUGAGGUUCUCAUGUAUUUGACACUAGCAUGAGAAGCAUGGAUCCACUAAAAAGCUUAUUAGACACUACACGAAAGAUCUCAGAGUAUCAGAUCUUGACGGGAGGGAAGAGGCCCAUUUUCCAUCGGAAAGAGAGGUUAAGAUGAUGGGAGACAAGAACCUUUCAGACCCUAAACCUGUGGAUGGCACACUAUCGUUGCUUUUGAUCAGGCUCGCAUCUGAUGAGCCCUUGCAUCACUGUGCUGCUAGUUUUUGUGAACGAUCAGAUACAAUUAUGCACCGUGUACAUCUACUGCAAAACCGUUUACAUAUCAACCCACUAGACGAAGAGAAAUGGGUUCCUGGCAUGGGCACCAUCCACUCAGCUUUGAAUCGGAAAUGUCUCCCUUUGUGCUCCACUCACAUCAGUGAUGUAUACUUGGGUAAAAUAACCCUUCAGGAUGUUGAUAGUAGUUCAUUCAUCGAUCUCAGGUGAUGUCUGUUACUCUCUUCUACAAUUGGUUAUAACAUCUGCACGAGAGUAAGAAGUAAAAAUGGCCAUUGCUGAGAUCAGGCGAAAAUGCGUGCCAACAGGGUGUAUCACAUACACAUUUUGUCUUGAUUUCAUCAUGAUAGGAAAAUGAAUGAAUACUUCAUAAGCAACUGUCUGGCUGCGCAAUGGCAUAGUAAGCUUCAUAAUUGUCAGGGGGUUUGGUUCUUCUCAGGAUCAGGAAACAAAGAUUUGAGCAUUAGUUACCUGAAAAACGCAAUGAUCAUCUGCAUACACCUGAGCUGUACCUUGCACGGAGCGAACAUGUUUGUUCCUUUACGGUCGUCAGUAUCACGCUCAGCAUUGUGAUCUCAUUUGACACACCAAAAGCAGUUGACACGAUGGAUAUUUGUCGAAUUGGCGGUUGGCAAUUGACAGUUGUAUAACUAUAAUUUUGCAAUCGUGUAAUGUAUGAAUCUACAUUUUAGUAUUGUAGUAGUAAGAGGGACACUUUUCUUCUGUAUCAUGUAAAGAAAGAAGUGAGGUCAAUUACUGUUCUGGUAAACUCGCGAGGACGUCUAGUAUAAUUGCGAAAAUGUAGGAGUGGAUAUGUGAAUACAAGAAGUUUUGAGGGGCCAAUUUGCAAAAAGACAUGAAAAAGAAAAAUGUGUCGCGUGUCCCUCA